AUCUCUAGCGUCUAGUUUCCUGUGUUACCGCCCUUGGACUGACACACUGAAGACUGGUGCGGGAAUUUCUUACGUUCCCGAGCAGGAAAAGGAAAAUAAUAGUUAGAAACGCGAGGAGGAUUUUCUCUAGGGCUCUCACUUAAACUGGACGGUGGUAUUUGUGACGGGUGACUUGAAUCAUGGCUCUUCCCUUUAAAAAAGAUCUGGAGAAGUAUAAGGAGAUAGAUGAGGAUGAGAUUCUGAAUAAGCUGUCCGAGGAGGAACUCAAACAGCUGGAGAGCGCUCUGGAGGAGAUCGACCCAGAGAAUGCUUUGCUGCCAGCCGGACUCAGACAGAAGGACCAGACAGAAAAGGCAGCGACCGGUCCGUUUAAUCGUGAUAAACUCUUGCAGUAUCUGGAGAAGGAGGCCAUGGAUGUUAAAGACAGAGAAGAUUUCAUCCCCUUCACCGGAGAGAGGAAAGGAAAGGUGUGGGUGCCCAAACAGAAACCAAUAGAGCUACGUAAAGAGGAAGUCACGACCCUUGACCCAGAACUGGAAGAAGCUCUGUCCAGCGCUACUGACAAUGAACUGUGUGACCUGGCAGCUAUUCUUGGAGUGAGCGCACUGGUGACAAGCACACACAGUUAUGACGCCAGCUCUACAGACGGUUAUAACAAUGUUAUUAAAGGAGAGAAAGUAAAGCCGGUUUUCGAUGAGCCGCCAAACCCGACCAACGUGGAGGACACUCUUCAACGAAUCAAAUCCAACGAUCCUUCGCUUACUGAAGUCAAUCUCAACAACAUCAAAAACAUUCCCAUCCCGACUCUUAAGGACAUCGCUAAAGCCAUGGAGAGAAACACUCAUGUCAAGAAGUUCAGUCUGGCUGCCACCAGAAGCAAUGACCCCGUCGCUGUGGCAUUUUCAGAUAUGUUGCGAGAGAACAAGACCCUGAAGAGUUUAAAUCUCGAGUCCAAUUUCAUCACAGGCGUUGGAGUUCAGGCUUUAGUUGAAGGUCUGCGGGACAAUGAUACGCUCUCAGAGAUCAAGAUUGACAACCAGCGGCAGCAGCUCGGCACAUCGGCGGAAAUGGAGAUCGCCAAGAUGUUGGAACAGAACCACAGCAUCAUAAAGUUUGGCUACCAUUUUACCCAGCAGGGUCCUAGAGCUCGCGCAGCCGCUGCCAUUACAAAAAACAACGACCUGGUGCGGCAGAGGCGAGUAGAGAGAGAUAUGUAAAGUGUUGUCUCUCUCCCUCUCUUUCUCUCUCUCUCUCUCACUCGAGCUGAUCAGAGUCUUGUGCCAAACCCUCGGAGGGAGACACUUCACCUGAAGAAGGGAACACAACUGGAUAUUUUCCUACCUUUUGUUAAUACUUUGUCUUUUUUGUUGUUAUAUUUUAUUAUUGUUUUAUGUUUGUCAUAUUAUGUAUUCUCUUUUGCAAACGUUCAGAUCAGACAUUUUCAGGACUUCUUUUACACAAAAGCGCACAGAGAGAUCGCGGGCCUGAUUCACAACAUUCACUGUGAACAAAUCUAGACUCAACUGGACUGGAUCUGCUGGGUUCCCAGCUAAAUGUGAGCUUUAUCUGGAUUUGUUGAGUCUGGGUUUGAAGCACAGAGUCGAUCAUUAUGGACCAAGUCUAGUGAAAGUGGUCUUCUGAGGUUAUUGUACGGCUGUAUUUCCAUGUGUGGAUGUCAUUGGGCACUAUCAAUAACACAGAUGUUGUUCAUCCAUCAUGUGUUCGGAUGCAUGUUCAACUUUUUGUUGUAAAAAUACUCUUAAAAGCACACCUGCUUGUGUCCGGCUGUACUACAGUGCUAAUUCAGGACCUGCAUCCCAUUUUGAUCUAAUCUCCUCCAGAUGAAAAACAAGAUCAGCGCUGAUGAGAUCUUUAACACCCUGGUGUGUAACUAAACCAUCUGUGCUGGUUUAACAUUAAACUUUGAUCACAUAUUCCUCAAAAACUCUUAAACCACUAACUUGUGACCCCACCAAUUGAUGCACUAUUAAAAUACUUUAAUGAAGUUAGUGUCACUUAUAGAUUUAGAUGAUUCAUCUGAAACGGCUUUUUUAAAACCAUGCCAAAGAUUAACACCUAAAUACUCUCUUUUUUUACAACUAGAACUGGGAUCUGGCAGAAAAUAGAGAUUUAGGUAUCUUUUUUUUUUUUGUUUAUUAAGGUUUGGUUAAUGUGGGAUUUUUAAGCACAUGCUGUACUGAUGAGGAAAAUAGGGAACUGUAGUUAAAAAAUGUGUGAGAGACGAUAGAAAGAGUUUAAUCAUAAAAAACGACCAAUUCAAGGUGCAUUUAGGGUUUGGUUGAAGGGGCGGUCCUUGCGCCUCCACACACAUGCGUGCAUGACUGCAUGUAAAAUAACAAUUUAUCACUAAAGCUAUCUAACAUACUCGCAAAACAUCACGCUAUGUAUAAAUCCAUAUAUGGCAUAUUCUGUGAAGUUUAUUGUUCGUGGCUGUGUGAAGCUUCAGAUGAGCGGUCUGAGCAUGCUCGGUGUGGACUAUAUAGCUGGACUACAGGGGAACAUGUUUUACACCUGAUCUCAAUGCAAAUAGUUGGACCAACUACUUUUAUUUCUUUGUUCGGUUUUGUACUUUUCUGUUUUGAAAGCCUUGUGUAUCAAUGAACUCUUCUGUUUAUGUUCCUAUCUUAUGUAUCUUUCUUUGUGAACAAAUGCUGAAUUGUGGGUAGGAUUUUUCAGGUUAUGGUUCGUGUUUCAUUCAUCUUUAUUUGAUUUUGCGUUUAACGGUUCAUGCUUUGCUUAAGCUCAUGUUUGUAAGCAGGAGCUCUCCGGUUUGUUUCAAACAUCCAUCUCAGAUCCUCUUCAGAAGAGAUUCCUAUACAGAUAUGCAUUUAAAUAUCAUGUAUUGUACACACCUCUUAUAUUGCAAUGUUUUUGUAUGUUAAUAUUACAUGUCUGGAGUCCAGAAGAGGAAAUCUUAUUAUUAUGUACUGUUAAUAACACACAGCUCUGUAAAAUAUCAGAUGUCCUCAAUAAAAUGUAUGUUUUUACAAA